GGAGCACCUAAGGUCGCCCGCUUGUCCCGGAGGCCGAGCGAGGAAGCAGCGCGGAGCAGGCGCCGAGGCAAGACGAAGCCGGCUUUCCCAGGUGAAGGGCAGUUUCUUGGCUCCUAAAUUAAGUCCCUUGUGAGCUGCUGAUUGGAGGGUCAGCUGAUGGUGGAUCCUUUGAACAUCAGAGGCAGCUGACAGACUCUAAGGAUGCAGCUGGUGCUACUAAAGGUGUGUGGCAUCUUUCCUGAGCCAGGCCAUGAGGCCUCGUGGCCAUGAUGUGGGCCCCUCAUGGCCUCAGCAGGAGCAGAGCAGCACAGUAUUGGCCUCUGCCACAGGCACAGCCACAAGCAGAGCAGCCCCUCAGGCACAGUGCCUGCCCUGCCACCUGAGAAGCCCUCGGAGGGCGAAGGCUGGGCUCAGGCCCAUCAGCAGGUGAAGCCAGUCUGCAAGGCUGAGGAGAAGUACACGGGCACACUGUUAGCAGGGCUGCGUCCAGGCAUCUCGGGGGCCCCACUCCAGCCAACCUGGUUUUUUUGCCCCAGCACUUUAUGUAGCUCUGGCACAACAGCUGUCACUGCAGGCCAUAGCAACUCCUGUUACCUGCACUGUCCCCCAGACUCGUCAAGCAGUACCCUGCUGUUCCAUCGCUCCAACAGUAGGCACAAGCCAUACCAGCAACUGGAGUCUUUUUGCUUGCAUUCAAGCGCAUCAGAGAAAAGACCUUUUUCCCUUCCUCGCAACAGGCUCACUGCCAGUAAAGCCACCUCUUCCACAGUCUUCUCCGUGACCCAGCCCAUGGCGUCCUCAUCUACAGAACCAUACCUCUCACGGACAACAGUUGGGGAAAACCCUUCAAGGACAAGCCUGGCCCCUUCCAUCUCAGGGAAGAUCACAUCUCCACUGUCUUCCUCCUACAAGCCCAGGUUGAACAACAACUCCUUCAUGCGGCCAAAUAGCACUAAAGUGCCUUUCUCCCAGGCCACAGAGGGCCUAAAACCAGUAUCCUCACCCAAGAUUGAGCCUGUCUCCUGGCAUCAUUCAGGGAACACUGGAGACUGUGCACCCCAGCACAUUGAUCAUAAGAUGCCCAAAAGCAUCGGCACUGUCCUAGAUGAUGCCACUGUCCAUAUUACCCCAUCUUCCCCUACGUCCCACAACACAUCCACCGCCAGUGUUGCCUCUUCCCAGUUCAACUGGAAUAGCUUAGCCACGAGGGCAGAGCCACACUCCUACGGCCUGAAUGACAAUUCCACUUCCCAGGCUCUGGGUAAAGAGGCUCGGUUCACUGAAGCUAUGAGGACAUUGUCUGCAAAGGGCUUUGAGAAGAAGCCACAGCAAAGCUCCUUGCUUGAACAGCCUUGUUUUGUGUACCCUGACCUCCAGUGGAGCCUCCUCAGAAGGAGCAGGCAGUGGGAAUCUGCUGGGGUAGGCCGGCAGUUUCCUCAGGAGGAUGCUAGAUCAGACAGGAAGAUCUUCCCUGGAGCCUCAGACUCUGUGGGGUUGGACAGUACGGUCUUCUGUACCAAAAGGAUCAGCAUUCACCUCCUUGCCUCACAUGCCAGUGGGCUGAACCCCAGCCCUGCCUGUGGUUCUGUAAUUGACUCCCUGCCAGUUGGAGAAGACAAAGCUGUCAUUCCCCUUUCUCCCCUUCAGCCCCUUGGCGUAGCUGAAGUGGCCACCCGCUUCUCUUCCAUCCAUCUAGGCCAGCCUGGGAAGGAGGAGCCUAAGGAAGCCAGGGAGCUGGACUCUCCUGUUGUUAGUUCAGCUACUGACCUCCAGCCAAACCAGGCAGAGGCUGAAGAUACAGAAGAACUAGUAGAUGGUGUGGAAGACUGCUCCAGCCAUGAUGAGAAUGAAGAGGGGGACUCUGAGUGCUCCUCCAAUGCCGUCUCCCCCAGUGAGUCAGUGGCCGAGAUCUCUCGGAGCUGCGUGGAGAUUCUGACCAAAUCCCUUUCCAAUCCUGAGAAAGUUAUCCGACCAGCCCUCAUCUAUAGUCUCUUCCCCAAUGUUCCCCCUACCAUCUAUUUUGGUACUCGAGAUGAGAGAGUGGAGAAACUUCCUUGGGAGCAGAGGAAGCUGCUCCGGUGGAAGAUGAGCACAGUGACUCCCAACAUUGUCAAGCAGACCAUUGGACGGUCCCACUUCAAAAUCAGCAAGAGAAAUGAUGACUGGCUGGGCUGCUGGGGUCAUCACAUGAAGUCAUCUAGUUUCCGAUCCAUUCAAGAACAUCAGAAGUUAAACCACUUCCCAGGCUCAUUCCAGAUUGGGAGGAAGGACAGGCUGUGGCGGAACCUGUCCCGAAUGCAGAGCCGCUUUGGCAAGAAGGAGUUCAGUUUCUUCCCCCAGUCCUUUAUCCUGCCCCAGGAUGCCAAGCUCCUGCGCAAGACUUGGGAGAGCAGCCGCCGCCAGAAGUGGAUUGUGAAGCCACCGGCAUCAGCACGAGGCAUUGGCAUCCAGGUCAUUCACAAGUGGAGUCAGCUCCCCAAGCACAGGCCCCUUCUGGUGCAGAGGUAUCUGCACAAACCCUACCUCAUCAGUGGCAGCAAGUUUGAUCUGCGGAUCUAUGUUUACGUCACUUCCUAUGAUCCUCUUCGGAUUUACCUCUUUUCAGAUGGACUUGUCCGCUUUGCCAGUUGCAAGUAUUCCCCUUCUAUGAAGAGCCUUGGCAACAAGUUCAUGCACCUGACCAACUACAGUAUCAAUAAGAAGAAUACCGAGUACCAGGCCAAUGCAGACGAGACAGCCUGCCAGGGCCACAAAUGGGCCCUGAAGGCUUUGUGGAAAUACCUAAGCCAGAAGGGAAUCAAUAGUGACAUCAUCUGGGAGAAGAUAAAGGAUGUUGUUGUUAAAACCAUCAUCUCGUCAGAACCCUACGUGACCAGCCUGCUCAAGUUAUAUGUCCGGCGGCCCUACAGCUGCCAUGAGCUCUUCGGUUUUGAUAUCAUGCUAGAUGAGAACCUCAAGCCUUGGGUCCUAGAAGUCAACAUUUCCCCCAGUCUCCACUCCAGCUCUCCCCUGGACAUCAGUAUCAAAGGCCAGAUGAUCCGUGACCUUCUGAAUCUGGCGGGUUUUGUCCUGCCCAACACAGAGAACAUCAGUUCCAGCCUCAGCACCUCCAGCAGCUCCCUUACCAGGGAAAAAUGUCGGAUGGCUCCUGAGUAUUUCACUGCACAGAAGAUGAAGAAAGCCUAUUACCUGACACAGAAAAUUCCUGAUCAGGACUUCUAUGCAUCUGUACUGGAUGUGCUGACACCAGAUGACGUACGAAUUCUGGUCGAGAUGGAGGACGAGUUUUCUCGUCGUGGUCAAUUUGAACGAAUUUUUCCAUCUCGAAUCUCUUCUCGCUAUCUCCGCUUUUUUGAGCAGCCACGAUAUUUCAACAUUUUGACCACUCAGUGGGAACAGAAAUACCAUAGCAACAAGCUCAAAGGAGUGGAUCUGCUUCGGAGUUGGUGCUACAAAGGGUUCCACACAGGGCUUGUCUGUGACUCUGCUCCACUGUGGUCUCUACCCACAUCACUUCUGACUGCCCCAAAGAAUGAUGAGAUGCUCAAUACCUUCAGCAAACUGGAUGCUGGCAAGCUGGGAAAGCUCUGCUCCUGCAAAAAGAACCUAGUGCCCUCUGAAGAAAGGACCACCGCCAACUUCAAGAAGACUCAAGCUGCCCUCUCUUUCCCUUUUCCCAGGAAACCCACUGCCUCAAAGGACAGUGAAGACACCAGCAAAGAAUCCAUCAUCUCCACACAGACGUUACCCAUGAUCAAGUGCACUGGGAAGACCAUGAGGCUUUCGACUUCUUCCUCGCUGCAAUGAGCCCAUGACUGGCUGCCACCACACGGCCUGCCCAGGAGCACCAGCACCAGCUACCUCAUGGGAACCGCCUGCGGACCAGCCUAACCCCUGCCCCUUCCCCUUGCCCUCAUCAGAGUAUUUUUGAAGUGAUUAUAUUGCCGAGGUGGGCAUUUGGAGGGCUGAGGGCUGGAGUGAUGGGGAGCAGGUGAGGAAGGUUCACUCUCUUCUGUCACCUGCUGCCUGGCUGUGCACCUCAAAUCUCAGUAGAGAACCAGUGAUGGCCAAGCAGCCUUAUAAAGCAGGAUUUGGUUUCUACCUUCCCAGAGCCACGUGUGUUUGCUUUAGGUCUUGAUACAGUGCUUGAGCUAUAGCUCAGAGAAGACACAGUGCUGGCCGUGUUUGGGCUAGGAGUCCUUUGUCCCUAUGAGGUUCCUCUGUAGGUCCUCAUUUUCUCAGGUCUCCCCUCCCUUACUUCCUACCUCCUUUCCUGAGGAGCCACUUCCAAAACCUUCAGAUGGCCUCGGUAAAUAGGCAGGAGAGAUGACAUCCUGAACCCACUUCCUUUUUUUUGGUCUUUUUCCUUUUCCUUUUUAUCGGUACCAGGGAUCGAACUCACGACUGCCUACUUGCAAGGCAGGCACUUAUGCCACUGAGCUAAAUCCCCAGCCCCUGAACCCACUUCCUGACAGCUUGGUUUUAAUGGGAUCGUCUUCUCAAGACCAUUUCUACUUUCAUAUACUCACCUAUUCUGGCUGCCUUGUCCACCCUUCCAGCUUUCUCCUGGGUCUGUCCAAGAAGCUUCCUAUGAGAGGGUCUGUGAACAUGGUGAAUUUCUCCAUGCUUCAGUGGAGGAGUACAGUGAUCCCCGUUGGUGUGGUGUAGGGUCCACAUGUCAAAGGACACAGCCAGAGCGUUGGGCCAGAGCUGUGGCUUCCCCUCAACACAGAGAAAGUCUCAACCUUCUGUUUUAUGGCUGAUAGGCACAUUCCAGGACAGUCGCUGGAAAUACGGGCUUCCAGUCAGAUCUCUGACCAAACUCACAAUCACUUAAGUAAGUAAGAGUAUUGAAUAAAUGUGACCAGGUAGACUGCACACAGAGAUCUGCAAGGACAAAAGCACCUGAACUAUGUGCUCCUGUUUCUUUUCCCAGGGGGAAAGUGGAUCCUGGGAGGAACCCAUGGUGUGGGAGCUUGGAUCAGAGUGGCUGGUUUCACCUGCACUGUGCUCUUCCCUCACCCAGGACUUCCCAGUGGCUGCCUGCCUCUUCCUCAGUUUCUGCCAUCCCUUUAAUUAGUUUUUCUGGCAGUGCACGUAAAAGAGGUCACUUGGUUCCAUGUCUCCUGUGGACAUUUUCCACAUCAGUCAGGAAGCUCAGCUAUAGUCCCAUCCUAGUCGUCUCUAGUUGUCCUUGUUCCUGGGGGCUUCAGGAAGAAAGGCUCCCUUGCUUUGUGGCUCUUGCAAUUCUGUGAUGAGAACCCUGAACUAGGUUCAAGGCCAGAGUAGGUGAGUAUGCUGCCCAGUCGCAAAGGUCAUGUUGACAGUGGUGAAGAAAGUUUGGCAAUGGGAAUCAAAGCUGGGCCAUAGUGGGAGAGGAUUUUGGUAGUCCUGGGAAGUCUCUUUUGAUAUCUUCAAAGCACACAAAACACUUCAAAGCACACCUGCUUAUCCUCCGCCAGUGCAGCAGUCUAGUGCAGGGGCAGAUAAGGUAGAAAGCAGUCUCCCCAGAGAAUCCUUACCCUGCCCAGUAGCCUGUGGGCGGUUGGUCCUCUAGCACAAGGCCUAGCCAAGUGAGGUUACUUGUUGGAAAUCGGCUUCUGUUCUUUGACCUGGCUUCUGUGAAUCCUGAACAUUUCCAUCCCCAUAACUGAAAAGGAACUGGCAUUGCAGUUUGGUGGUGUGGAAAGCCCAUAGGGGACCUAAGAAAUGGGUGAAAAAAAUACAAUGCUCUUAGGUUAAAAUGUAUAUAGUAUAUACAAUAUGUUUUGUUUUGGUAAUACUGGAGAUUUAACCCAGUGAUUUAGCACUGAACCCCAGCUUUUUUUUUUUUGAGACAGAAUCUCAUUAUGUAGUGCAGACUGGCCUUGAACUCAGUAUGUGGCCCAUGCUGACCUCAGACUUGUGGCAGUCCUCCUGCUUAAGCCUCCUGAGUGCUAGGAUUUACAGGCAUGUACCACCACAUCCAGCUUCCCAGCUCCUUUUUGUUUUUUAUUUUGACAUAGAUCUGGCUAAGUUGCCUAGGCUGGGUGUCUUGGUUACUUUGCUGUCAUGGCUGGGCCAAAAUACCCAACCCCCAAAAUGAAGGAAGGAGAGGUUUAUUUAGCUCACUGAUUGUGAAGGUUUCAGUCCACGAUAAGCUUGCUCCAAGGCAGGGUGGUCUUGGCACCAGGGCAACGCUUCAAGGCAGCAGCCAGGGCAAAACAGUGUGGGGAGCAAGCCUCUUUUCUACCUUUAUAUUGUACACAGACCACCCCUCCAUCACUCCAGGGCAGGUGUAGCACUCAUAAAUCUUGCCCUCCUCUUGCACAAGAUGAUGUUUACAAAGUAAGAAUGUUGGCUCCAUCUGAGUCUCUUGUUAAACUUCUAAACUUCUCAAGUUGAUAUAUCAACCUUAGCUCUUCUUUCUUUUUUAUUUUGACACAGGUCUGCUAAGUUGCGUAGGUUGGGGUUGAACUUUCCACUUUCUUGCCCACUCUCCACUGAGCUUCCUGGAAUGUCAGAAUGCUAGGUUCCAGCAGCCUGGCUAUUUUUAAGUUUUAUCACAUUUCAGUAAGUAACAAUAUGUUUGCUGAGUAGGAAAAAGGGCUGGAGUUUAUUUGAAACAGUUACCUUCCACUAGAGAUAAAGUUAUCUUGUUUAUCAAACAUUCAAUACAUAUUAUUCAGCUAAACAAGGAACUUUUUUAUUUUUUUUAUUUUUGAGACAGGUCUGGCCUGUAACUCAAUAGCCCAUGCUCACCUCAAACUGCCUCAGCCUCCUGAGUGCUGAGGUUACAGGUGUGUGCCACCAUGCCCAGCUACACAGUUGUUGAGAAUUGAGAUUGUUUUCUGAGAGUUUAAAUUUGAGAAUAUAAUAGAAUAAGUAUUUGUAAGAAUCUGUCAGUUGUAUUUCUAAGUUGAUUCCCAGGCAUUGUUUGGAGGCAAAGAAUGAAAUGCAGGUUAUUUCUGGAAAUGCAGUCAGGAUCUGGGAAGGUGAAUAAAGAGUAAACACUAUUCUCUUUUACCUCAAGUCUACUCGGGUUGAUCAGAAACUAGGUUUCUGAGACUGGACCUCAGAGGCUGACCUUGGGUUCCAAUCUCCAUUCUGUCACUCACUUUGUGACCUUGGACUUUUAUGACUUUUUUUUUUUUUUUUUUUUUUGGUCUUUUUGAGGCAGGAUCUCACUAUGCCAUUCAGGCUGGCCUUGAGCUCACUUUGUAACCCAGGCUGGUCUCAAACUCACAAGGAUCCUUUUGCCUCAGCUGAGAUUACAGGUGUGCACCACCAUACCUGGCUACCAGCCAACAUUUUAAAGUCUCAGCCUCUCAGUCUCUGCCUGCCUCUGUUUGUGUCUGUCUGCCUGUCUUUCUUGCUCUUUUUCCUCUCCCUUCCCCCUCUCAUUUCUCCUUAUGUGUUUUGUUUUGAGACAAAAGUCUCACAGUGCUCCAUGUGCUCCAAGAUGGCUUCAAAUUUAUUGUGUAGCCCAAGCCAGCCUUAGACUCAUGAUCCUUUUGUUUCAGCAUCUCGAGUGCUGAGAUGUUUGUUUAUAAUGUGAAUACAGUAACUAUAUGCAUUAUGGGGUUGUAAGCAACAUUUAAGCCAAACAUAAAUGCAUGGACAGAAAGGUUGCUCAUUUCCCAGUUUGCUCUUCCUGCCCUGCUCUGGGUAAGAAAUGUAAAAUUCUUCCCUGGAAGGAAGCUGAGUAGCUGCAAAGAUGUUAGAAGUGAAGAAGCCAAAACAGUCCAUAUGUCUCUCCAUCCCCCUGUAGGCCAGCACACACAGGAGCGUGAUCUUCACUGUGCUUCUGUUAUGUUGUCACUCUAGGGGGAUCUAUGGCUUUUAGAUACUUACAGAAUGCAGAUCCUGCGGAGAAGGGAGCACAUCAAGGAUCAGAAGUACAGAUGUGAGAUAAGAAUUUGAUUUCCUUCUAUUGGAGAGGAGACCAAGGGAGUGGCUGGUGUCUGGAAAGGGGAAAAGCCCGGUACAGAAGACAGCCAUUGCCUGGAGCAGGUACCAGGGGACUGAUGCCUGGGCCUAGCACCGUACCAAAGGACAGUUGUCGUUACUGGUCCAUUCUCCUGGGGUCAGUCCAUUCAGCUAAGAGUAACUGGCUUCCCAUUACCUUAGCCAAAGAACAUACCUGAUGGCCCUGUGGCAGCCCAACACAAGUACCAAUAAGGUAGGCUGAUCAUCUAGGUACACAGACCUCCCCAACUCCCUCCAGUUGAAUUAGUUUCCCAACAUAAGGUCACCAAAGGCUGCCAGGCAAUCUCCCCUGCUGACUUUGUUUUGCCUUGCCAGGCAUAUUUUUGGUACUGGGCAUCAAACUCAAGACCUUGUGCUUGCCUGACAGACACUUGUGCCACUGAGCUAAAUCUGCAGUCCAUAAUUUGGUACUGAGACUUAAACUGUAGGUUGAAAUGCACUUAGGUCUAUUAUGGUUGUGUCUGGAUUAGUCAUGAAUAUACUGUUUUGCUUAAGCAGUACAAUGUAACAACUAUUUACAAAGCAUCCACCCUGUAUUAGGAGGUGUUACAAAUCAUCAUAUGGGAGAGUGUGGGUAUUAUACAAGGGCUUUGAGCAGCUUCAUCAGGGCAGCUUUGUUCUUCUGGCUCUGGCCCACUCAUUCAGGGCAUAAUUGCCUCCACAGUCAGAAGGGAGCCAAGAGCUGGUGUUCUAAUUGAGAAACAGUAGCUCUGCACACCUGUGAGCAAUCAUGGGACAGACAGGGCUGGUAUGGAUGUGAACUACCCAUCCCAGAGUAGAGUGGCACAAGUGACCACUCUCACACUUUGGAGGCCAUAUCUCCAACAGUGGCCUCUUUCUCGGCUAGCCUGUUGACAGCUGAACUGGCAACUGUUUUGGGACUCGUGAUGUAUGUGGCCCACAGAUCCAUUCUGGAGGAUUUGACCCUCUGCAGAACAAAAAGGAAUCUCUGGCUGGUGCUGGAUAUACUGAUGGAUGCUGUGAACCGACCCCAAAGGGCAGAAUCACAGACUGUGAUGCAUGAAGGCCCCCUACAUGUGUGCAGGGAGUUGGGCCACGUUGAGGGGCUGGUGCUCUGGCUGGGUGGGGCAGCUCAGGAGUGACAGGGCACUGUCCCUUGUGGGAUGCUGACCUGUGGUGAGAUAUAUGGGAGCAUGGCCAGUGGUUCUGAACAUAAGCCAGAGCUCCCUCUCCCCACAAAAUGACUUAACAGAUGCCUUGACCGGGCAUUGCAAUGCUUCAUCACUAGGGAUAGCAUCAGAUCAGAAAAAUUGAUUGCUGAUACCGCUAGAAAUAGUGUCUGACCAGGGGUAGCAUCUUACCAGGGCCCAGGACCAUAAACAGCCCUCGACAUUGAAUCCUUCGCUCAAUCUAUGGCCCAGGCCUUGAAUGUUACAUGCCAGGCCUUUGAUGUUGCUCACAGAUGAAACUGUUCAAAUGAAAAAAGUGGAUUUGCUAGACCAUAUAGCUCUUCAUUUGUUAACUGCAGGUACUUGUGCCUUGUUACAUAAAGAAUUUUAUAUACUCCAACCUUUGGUGGGGGGCACAAUGUGGGGAACCACUCAGAUUGCUGCAAAGCUCAGGAGCAUCUAAAGAACCUGAAGAUAUGACUCUGCUUGUCUAGCACAGGCACACAGUGGGAUACAGUUAUGUAACCAUGACUCAGGACAGUUAACACACUUGUGCUGGUUACAGCAUUAAGUAAGAAUGUAAACAUGAGAUAAUUACUGGGAUAAGAAUUAUACAAUAAAGACACAAGUGGUUCUGGC